AUGGUUGAUGGAAGGAACUCUGAGAACGAGCCGCUCUUGAGUAAUAUGGAGCGACAACAGGCCGACGAGCCUGCCAACCGGACGAAUCCGACCGAGCAUCCUGAUGCGCCUCUCGAGGACAACGCCCCGCGCCGCGAACUCGAAGUCGAAGACCACUCCGGCCCAUCGACGCCCAGGUUCAUGCAGGACGAGGGAGAAUGGAAGCGCUGGAAGUGGGUGCCAUACCCCGUCCGCCGCACCUUCAAGGCCACCGUCAAGUGGUCCAAGGGCCCACCGAACCCCCGGGACUACAAAAUCAAGCCGAUUCUUCCUCAAGUCCAAGAGUUCCCUCUUGUGCUGGUUGACAAGUUCUUGCGCAACUUCAAGCAUCGCGUCGGCAUUGUCUUCCUCUACGUUGCCAUCUGGAUCAUCACGUUCGCUCUGGUCAAGAGGAGCGAGACUUUCGCCACCGAGAUUGAGGGUUGGGGAGCGCCCCAGGAAAUCGGAUGCGGUGCGACCUACUGGGGUCGAGGGAACAAGUGCGGCCUCAAUGGCGCUGAUUGUCGACCCUUCAACGGGAGCGGGUUUCCCUUCAGAUGCUCAGCCAAUUGCAAAGGCUACAUGGUCCUGAAUCCCCGUGCGGUCGGUGAUCAGGAGAUCGUAUAUCAAUCACUCGUUAUCGGCGGCCCUUCCAACGAAACAAGCCAGCCAAUCUACCGCGGCGACUCGUUCUUGUGUAGUGCUGCGAUCCAUGCCGGCGUGGUUAAUAACGAAAACGGAGGCUGCGGCGUUGUUCGCCUCGUUGGAAGACAACAAAAUUACAUUAGCUCCGAGCGCAACGACAUUGAGAGCAUCAGCUUCGACUCCUACUUUCCACUGUCAUUCACGUUCGAACCGAACAUCCAAUGCAGCGCUCGAGACCUGCGAUGGAACUUGCUGGCAGUAUCGGUCGUUUUCACGACGGUGCUAUCCCUAUUCACGGCUUCGCCAGCACUAUUCUUCUUCUCGGUCUUCACGGGCAUCUUCUGGCACGUCGGACUGGCCUCCGACCCGCCUAAUCAUUAUUCCGUGGCUGACCUCGUAUCGAACAUCAUUGGCAAAUUCCUCCCUGCGAUGUUUUGCGCCUGGGUCAUGUACGACAAGAUGGGCAUUCGACGGACUCUGCAAGGCCUCACCGCCCAGAUUGAGAAGACGGUUCUCUGGCUCGGCGGAUGCUGGGUCGGCGCCCUCACCAAUUACACGUUCACUUGGAUCCCGAUCCAGAGAUUGAAUGCACACGACCUGCAACAACAGCCAGGCGCGAAGGCCGCACUGGCUGUGAUCGUCAUCGUCCUUUUCGUCAUCAUCGUUAAACAAGUGUGGUAUUUUAGACAAGAAGGUCGGCUCAUCAAAUACCUAAAGCUAUAUCUGCUUUUCUUGGGUGGAAUCAUCGUUUGCCUCGUCCUACCAGACCUGAGCCUGCGCAUCCACCACUACAUUCUAGCCUUGCUUCUGCUCCCUGGCACGAGUAUGCAGACUCGUCCGUCACUUUUAUACCAAGGUCUGUUGGUCGGUCUUUUCAUUAACGGUAUUGCUCGAUGGGGAUUCGAUGCCGUACUGCAAACGCCAGCCGCUCUGCAAGGAGACGCUCAGCAUGGCUCAGCGUUACCCAACAUCCUUCCGCCAGUCAUCGAUCUGGGCCAGUCCCUGUGGAGCAUCAACUUCACUUGGAACGUUCCUUCCGGAGCGCGGUUCGAUGGCAUCAGUGUUCUCGUAAACGACGUCGAGCGCUUCCGCAACUACUUCGACGACACGCCCACCCAGAAUAGUUUCCAGUGGACUCGCGACAGUAGUCUCGGAAUGAAUGAGUACUUCCGCUUCGGAUACAUGGAAGGCAGCGAAAGCUACGACUUCACCAAAGCCGGAAUCUGGAACGCUGAGGGUAAAUGGAUUGACAUGAAGGAGGGUCCCUCCAUGGUGAGGGGUCGGAGCCUGGCGCCACGGGGCCUGGUAGAAGACGAAGAGAGUGUCCCGCGAUAA